AAUGACCCAGCAAAUGCAUAACUUGGGCCUCCUGCAGAGCAAAAAGCACAGCAUGCCCUCGUCGCCCAGCGCUGCCAAGCGGCUCUACCGGAACCUGUCGGAGAAGCUGAAGGGCAGCCACACGUCCUUUGACGAGGCCUACUUCAGAUCCCGCUGGGACCGCCUCAGCCUCCGCAAGGCCUCCACGAAUUUCCAGUGCAAUGAAGCUAUGUUUGAGGCUGUAGAGCAGCAGGACCUGGAUGCUGUUCAGAUUCUUCUUUAUCAAUACACCCUGGAGGAGCUGGACCUGAACACACCAAACAGCGAGGGACUCACUCCUUUGGAUAUUGCCAUUUUGACAAACAACGUCCCCAUUGCCAGGACCCUUCUGCACGUUGGGGCAAAGGAAAGCCCACACUUUGUGACUGUGGAGAGCAGGUCUGUGCACCUGAGCACGCUGGUACAGGAGGCCCAGCAGAGAGUGACGGAAUUAUCGGCGCAAGCAGCGAGCGAAGGGCCGGGCACGGAGAGCGCCGAGAGGGAGAAGCAGCUCAGGGGCUGGGAGUGGAGGGCCAGGCUCUACCAGCGCAUGAAGGCUGGCUACGAGCAUGCCCGAGCCCCCGAGGCGCCAACCAAUGUCUGUCUCAUGGUAACGAGCAGCACAUCACUCACUGUCACCUUCCAAGAACCCCUCAGUGUCAACUCAGCUGUCGUGACCAAGUAUAAAGUGGAAUGGAGCUCUUCAGAAGACUUUUCUCCUUUGGCUGGUGAAAUAGUUAUGGAUAAUCUUCACUCUUUGAGGUGCUCCAUCACAGGUCUCAGGACGGGCCAGAGAUAUUAUGUCCGUGUCUCAGCAUACAACAUGAGAGGAUGGGGACCUCCAUGCAAAUCUACUCCUGAAUAUGCUUCUCCUUCAAACUGGAAAGACUGCAGUGGAAGGGAGCCACGGCAGAGGGGACACACGGAGGCCCUGGAAGGCCUCCUCCAGCAGGUCCAAGCAGCCCACCAGCACCACAACUGCAGAGAAAGUUCUAAAAUACAAAACGCUGGUCGCAAGCAAUCGGUUUCCAGAAGCCUGAAGCACCUUUUCCAUUCAUCAACCAAGUUUGUGAAGACUCUGAAACGGGGACUCUACUUAUCUGUUAUACUUUUUUACAAAGACAAUUUGUUAGUAACCAAUGAAGAUCAAAUCCCAAUUGUGGAAAUCGAUGACUCUCACAGUAGUUCAGUUAUGCAGGAUUUCCUGUGGUUCACAAAGUUGUCUUGCAUGUGGGAUGACAUCAGGUGGCUGAGGCAGAACAUGGCUGUGUCUGUGUCCUCAUCCACAGCACUCCAGGCCAGGCAGAAGAUGCUUUCAGCAGCAGCACAGCUACAGAAUUUGCUGGGAACUCACAAUUUAGGCAGAGUUUUUUACGAGCCAAUCAAGGACCGACAUGGCAAUAUGCUGAUAGUUACUGUAAGAGAAGUGGAGAGUCUGUACUCAUUUUUUAAUGGCAAGUGGAUGCAGGUAUCCAAACUACAAAGCCAGAGGAAAUCCCUCUCAACUCCAGAGGAGCCAACAGCAUUAGACAUCUUGCUUAUAACAAUCCAGGACAUACUUUCCUAUCACAAACGAAGUCAGCAGCGCCUCCCUCCCGGUUUGUAUCUGGGUUACCUUAAACUCUGCAGCUCUGUGGAUCAGAUCAAAGUGCUCGUGCUGCAGAGGCUGCCCAAUGUCCUGUGUCACGUCAAAAUCCGAGACAACAGCAACGUCUCCAAAGAUGAGUGGGAAUGGAUCCAAACACUUUCUGGCUCAGAAUCUGUGGAAAGUAUGGAUCAUACUUCAGACUGCCCUACUCAAUUGUUCUUGUAUGAGCUCCAGACAGCAGUGAAAGCUCUCCUCAAACAGAUCAAUCUACCUCUGCAUCAGGCUAAGCACUUCCGUCUGUACACACAGAAGGUGUUGGAACUGGGUCACAAUGUCUCCUUUCUUCUCCUGCUCCCCGCCUCAGACGACGUCUGCACUGCCCCAGGACAGAAUAAUCCUUACACCCCACACUCAGGAUUUCUUAACCUCCCUCUUCAGAUGUUUGAACUUGCUCAUUUUUGCUGUUACAAGGAAAAAUUUAUAAGCCUGUAUUGCCGCCUUUCUGCUGUCAUAGAGCUGGACUCUCUGAAAACCCAGCAGUCCCUGAGGGAAGCAAUUUCAGACAGUGAAGUCGCUGCAGCCAAACAAAGACACCAGCAAGUUGUAGACUACAUACAGCAAAUUGAUGAAAUCUGGAGGGACAUGAGAUGGAUCACAGAAGCACUGCAGUAUGCAAGAUACAAGCAGCCAGCAGCAGGCCUCCCCAUAAAGAAAUUUGUGGAUCUUUCAGAAGAACACUCUCAAAAGAAAAUGAGCUCCACCUCUUCACAUCUAGAUUGUCUUCCUUCACCUCCCCCUUCUCCUGAGCCUAGAAUCCAGAGGAGAAAAGCUGUGAGUGACUCCCAGCCCUGCUCAGAUGAAGAAGGCUGCUCCGAGGUGUUCCUCCCAACCGACAGCGACUAUGACUCCAGCGAUGCCUUGAGCCCAAGGGAAUUAGACCUGAUUUACUCCUCAUCCCAGGACAUCUCCCAGCAGGCUGGCAGUGGCCUGGGUGGCAGUGCACCCAACGUGCUCCAAGCCCAUGACAUGAAGCCCUGCUUGGCGCUGAGGGAAGGCCUGACAGAAUGUGGUGCCCUGGACACCAGUGCUGACCGUUGCACAGAGCAGAUGAGCAGUCUGACAAUGUCAGGGUUUACACUGAAAAGCACGGACAAGUCCUCCAGCUCCAAGCAGCCACUGGGCUUUUUAGGGAAAAAGAAGUUGGGGAAACACCAGCAUUACAACUACUUCAGCCGGCAGCACCGCUGGCUGCGCGUGCACAGCGAGACGCAGGCGGGCUCUCUGUCAGAAGGUGUCUACACCCAGCACCUCAUGAGAUCUCCAGAUCUGUCUCAAGAACCUACCUCCAGCGAGCAGGUGAUGACUCCCAUCGAUGGGUCUCGGAGCACUUUGGUACCUCAUGCAUCCAGCCUUCCAGAGGAUGGCAAAGGCAAGUAUGAGGAACCAAGGCAGGACGUCCACAGGAUACAUGUGGAGCCUUAUGAAACAACAUUUCUGGAUGGAGAGGGUGGGUCCUGGGCGAUGAGCACGGAGUCUGUAGAACACACAGAUGUGCACAGUGCUAUGCAACAGAUCACGGGGCCAGAGGAACAGCCAGGUUCUGCUGUCCCAGAAGUUUUCAGCAGCACCCUUUAACCCCAGAAUCCUGCACUGCUUCCCACCACUCCACAUGAGGUAUGAGCAUUGUGAUCAUAAAGGCCAUACUUUCAACACCACUGGUAAAAUUCCAGCUCCUGAAAUGGCAACU